AUGGAUCCACGCCUCCUGUUUAUAUGGACUGUAGCUGUGCUGGCUGGAUCGCUCUGUGGACAAGAGGUGUUCAAGAAUAACGGGAUCGAAAGUGAUAAUUUCGCCAAUAAUUGGCGAUGUCGACAGUGUGUAUUGGAACAAUCUCCCAUCAAACACACUGGAAAGUUCAGUGGAAAAGUUACUCAAAGGCGGCACGACUACUCCGGGCCAACUCAGUCCAUCAGUCUUACCAAGGGGGCUUUUUAUGAGAUAACAUCCUAUGUGAAGUUGUUGAACGACAAGCCGGGCGAGGUCCACACCAGGAUAUCAGCCACUCUCCACGUGAGGUAUUCGGACGGCACGCAAGAAUGGAAGAAAGUGGCCGUAGGUUCUUAUAUGAGGUCCACAGAUGGCUGGAAAGAAGUUGGAGGGUCUUUUAGAGCACCUGAAAAAGAUUUUAAACUGGCUGAAAUUACAUUUUCGGAUCCGGAUCCGUCAGUGUCUUUUCUCCUUGACAGCGCUUCUCUGAAACAGAUCCCAGAACUGACUGGCAACUGGAAAAUCAAUGCACUUCAAAGAAUUGAACAAAUCCGGAAGGCAGAUUUAUCUAUCGAUUUAUCUGUGGGGGAUGAGUAUGUCCUGAAUGACAUAGAAGUGGAGGUAACGCAAAUCAGAAGUGAGUUUGCAAUGGGGGGCACUGUCCGUGCGGACGCCAUUGUUGCUGCAAGCGAAAGGAAAUUUCACAAGUUUGUCGAAGAAACCUUUGAAUGGACUACAAUAGCUAAUGCAUUAAAAUGGAGGAUGAUGCAGAGGAACCAAUAUCCAAUUAACUCUGAGAGACCAAAACUUGCCAUCGAAGAACUGUUGUCCCUUGGCAAAAAGAUCAGAGGACAUAACGUUGUCUGGGGUGUGGAGCAAUUUAUUCCCACGUGGGUAAAGACGUUAUCAAAAGAAGAAAUCAAGGGGGCGCUUGAUACGAGAAUCAAGGGUGUUAUCAACACAUUUAAAGGAAAUUUAUCCCACUGGGACGUAAACAAUGAAAUCAUCGCUGGCCAUGGAGACUGGUUUGAACAGAAGACUGGGGACAGGUACAUUACAGAGAAGAUGUUUCAACAAAUCCACGCCUUAGACCCCAACGUGAAGCUGUUCCACAAUGAGUACAGGGUCAUCAAUGACGGUUCAAUAACAAACGCAUAUGUGGACAUGAUAAAGGAAUAUCAAGCCAAAGGUCUCCCGCUCUCCGGCAUUGGAGUGCAGGGACAUCUGAAAGUUGGUCCUCCAGAUAUUCUCAAAAUACAGCAAAAUCUUGAUAAACUUGCCCUUACCGGUCUACCCAUAUGGAUAACAGAAUUAGACAUAGAGGCAAGCGACGUUGCAAAGAGGGCGGAUUACUAUGAAGAUGUGAUGACCUAUCUGUUUAGUUACCCCGGGGUCGAGGGUAUUAUCUUGUGGUCAUGGCACGACAAUGGAGGUAAAAAUGCUAAAGCUGGUGCUAAUUUGGCAGAUGGACUAGGGGACAAAUUUAAGCUGAAUGCAGCAGGAGAAAGAGUGAAGCAGUUGAUGACAAAAACAUGGAAAACCAACCAGGUUCUCCAACCAAUUUCGAGGUCGAGCACCCUGAGGUUGAGAGGUUUUAAGGGUGACUACACCAUCACAGUAAAAUACAACGGGUCAUCAGUCGCCCAGAAGAAAAUAACACUGGGGCAGAGUGGGGCAACCGUUAACCUUCAAAUUGGAACCAAAACCACGGCGUCCGCCGUACUGACUUGUGUGACCAGAUGGUCGAAAUACUCAGAAAUUGGCGACGACAAGCGGGUCACUGCUAGCUGUAAGGAUGGCGAGAUCAUGACAGGCUGCUCUUCCAAAUCGGUGAAUGACCAAGAAACGAAAGACGGGGAGAAGUUUUCAUGGGAUACAGGAAUCAAACAGCGAGUAUGUCAAGCUAUAAAUGGAUUCGGUUCCACAGCCCCUGUUCAAGCCAUUGCCCAAUGUUGUAAGGGCCCUUCUGAUCUACAGUGCACUUAUUUAAGUUCACGUGUUUCUAAAAAUGGUGAUGGAGAACAGACCGCUGCCGUUUGUCCGACUGGAUAUUUACCAACUGGGUGUGCAAGUCGCUCUGCUUUUUCGUCUUCUGCUGGUGUUUUAUCCAAAGUAGACUCUCGUUCUUGUGUAGCUGAGAACGAUGACCUUAAAAACCCAAAAUACGGGGUGUAUUCCCACGCCGCGUGCUGCAAGGCCAGCGGACUCCACUGUGUCUCCAAAUCUUCAGUUCGAAGUGAUAGUUUUGUCGGAAACAAAACCGCUGUAGCGUGUGACAACGGCUAUGCUGCUACAGGGUGCAAUGCCUACAAUGAGUUCGGAGGAAUCGCCGGUGCCUAUAUAUCUAACCCUUACUGCAUUGCCGUUAAUGGCAGGAAGCGGGAUUCACCAAACCAAGGUGUCAUCGCUGUCAUCACGUGCUGCCGCCUAUAGGGAAAGAAAAAUCGCCUGGCAACUUUCAUUGCCAUUACUACUAUUUGAAAUGAUCCAUUUAUUAUCAUGAUUUCGAAUAAAACAAAUAAAAUAAAUAAAUAAGAUAAAAUACGGGGUAUCUGGUUAAAUAUAAUAAACAAAGCUCCUCUAUCUUGUCUGCCUUAUCCCUGUAUUUCUGUCGUUCAAUAUGCAAUUUCUGUUCAAAGAUAUGUGAAAAACAUGUAUAAGAAGACACUGUAAAAUAACGGGACUCUUUCAUUCAUGGUCAACUAAACUGAUAUUAUGGCAGUAGAUAAUCAUUGAUUUCGAGGUUAAUAUACCAUGUUGUUAGACCCUCGAAAGAAGCCUCCAUCAUAUUAAAAACAGUUGUUAUCUCUUUAACUAAUC